CAAGAUGCACAGCAGCCUGAGCAAACCCAGAGCAGAAGCAGCUGGUAUUCCGGUGAUUAACUAGUUCUCAGAGCCUUUUGCUGCAUUUGGUCGCUCCCCGGUGUAAUGUUCGUGUCCAAAAAGGAAGCUGCUUUUUUCACGGUGUACUGAACAGAGGUUUGAAUCAUUCCAGCUGGCUGCUUGUUUUGAAAAGGACCGUGUGUGUAUAAAUAAAAAAGAGACUGCUGGAAGAGUUCAGAUACUCGGACCGGAGCUCAGGAGUGCUCUCGGAAUAUUGCUGAGGCAGAUUGUCUGGACUGAAAGCUCCUUCUAAUUGACCUGGAGCCAAGUGACUCUGAACACCGGAGAUCUUAUUUUCUAUCUCGUGAUAAAUUCAAGUUAGGAAAAGAGGGGAAAAUAAACAUUGAAAGGCUUCUCUAGAUGAUGCUUCAAAGAUUCAACAACAAUCUCUGAUCUUGGACUUUUUCAAACUCUCUUUAUUGUUCUCUGGAUCCAUUGCCUUCCUGUUUUAACCUGCUUGUGAUCUCUUCCACCCUUUUACAUGGUUUGCCAUGGUUACAUGAACUUUUGGGAAGUGGUAUUUGCACCAUCACAUAUUUUAUUCAUGAUGGUUCUUUAGGUAAAGAGCUGAAAGGUUAUAAUUCUAAAAAAUGAAUCUUAUUGUGAAAGUUCGGAGAAGUUUUCGAACACUGAUUAUUCUCUUGGCUACCUUUUGCUUGGUGAGCAUUGUCAUUUCUGCUUAUUUCCUCUACUCUGGUUUCAAACAGGAAAUGGCACUUAUUGAAACCACUGCAGAACCAGAAUGUGCCAACAUCAAAGUUCUACCUUAUCGAUCCAUGGAGCUGAAAACGGUUAAACCUAUUGAUACUUCUAAAACCGACCUUACUGUUCUACUUUUUGUGGAGAGCCAGUACUCUCAACUCGGUCAAGACAUCAUAGCUAUCUUAGAAUCCAGCCAAUUUCAGUACCACAUGGUCAUUGCCCCUGGCAAGGGAGACAUACCUCCUCUUACAGAUAAUGGUAAAGGGAAGUACAUUUUAGUUAUUUAUGAAAACAUCUUGAAGUAUGUCAACAUGGACUCAUGGAAUCGAGAGCUAUUAGAAAAAUACUGUGUGGAAUACAGUGUUAGUAUAAUUGGUUUUCAUAAAGCCAAUGAGAACAGCUUGCCAAGUAUGAAAUUAAGAGGGCUUCCAUUAAACCUUUUAAAUAAUAUAGCUCUAAAAGACUGUUUUGUCAAUCCUCAGUCACCUCUGCUACAUAUUACCAAAGCCCCCAAAGUGGAGAAAGGACCACUUUUGGGGGAAGACUGGACAAUUUUCCAAUAUAAUCAUUCAACUUACCAGCCUGUGAUUUUAACCAAAUUACAGACAGAAAAUUCUUUCUCAUCCUUGUCCAACAAACCACUUUAUGCCACAGUGAUUCAGGACCUAGGGCUCCAUGAUGGAAUUCAGCGAGUUCUUUUUGGCAACAACUUGAACUUUUGGCUGCACAAGCUCAUCUUCAUAGAUGCAAUCUCCUUCUUGUCAGGGAAGAGGCUGGCAUUGACCUUGGACCGAUACAUUCUUGUGGACAUUGAUGAUAUAUUCGUUGGGAAGGAAGGAACAAGAAUGAAUGUCAAAGAUGUGAAGGCAUUACUAGAGACUCAAAAUUUACUGCGCACUCAGGUUGCAAAUUUUACCUUCAACCUUGGAUUUUCAGGGAAGUUUUACCAUACAGGAACGGAAGAGGAAGAUGCCGGGGAUGACCUUCUGCUUCAGUCAGUGGAUGAGUUCUGGUGGUUUCCCCACAUGUGGAGCCACAUGCAGCCCCACCUCUUCCACAAUGAGUCAUCGUUGGUGGAGCAGAUGAUUCUCAACAAGGAAUUUGCAGUGGAACAUGGCAUACCUAUCAACAUGGGCUAUGCUGUGGCACCACAUCACUCUGGCGUCUACCCAGUUCACUUUCAGCUGUAUGAAGCUUGGAAGAAGGUCUGGGGUAUUCAGGUCACCAGUACCGAAGAGUAUCCACAUUUGAAACCUGCACGGUAUAGAAAAGGCUUUAUUCACAAUAGUAUCAUGGUUCUUCCUCGACAAACCUGCGGGUUAUUUACCCACACUAUUUUCUACAAAGAGUAUCCUGGGGGGCCCCAAGAAUUGGAUAAAAGUAUCAGAGGAGGCGAACUUUUCCUCACCAUCCUGCUAAAUCCAAUCAGCAUUUUCAUGACCCACUUGUCAAACUAUGGGAACGACCGCCUUGGAUUAUACACUUUCGUGAACCUGGCCAACUUCGUGCAGAGCUGGACCAACCUGAAACUUCAAACUCUACCUCCGGUGCAGCUAGCCCACAAAUAUUUUGAGCUCUUUCCGGAGCAGAAAGAUCCUCUCUGGCAGAAUCCAUGUGAUGAUAAAAGGCACAAAGACAUUUGGUCCAGAGAGAAAACUUGUGAUCACUUGCCAAAAUUCCUUGUCAUUGGGCCACAAAAAACAGGAACAACUGCACUUUAUUUAUUUCUCCUCAUGCACCCUUCCAUCAUCAGCAAUCUCCCCAGUCCAAAAACGUUUGAAGAGGUUCAAUUCUUCAAUGGCAACAAUUACCACAAAGGAAUUGACUGGUAUAUGGACUUUUUUCCAACUCCAUCCAACAUCACCAAUGAUUUUCUGUUUGAAAAAAGUGCAAAUUACUUUCAUUCUGAAGAGGCUCCUAGACGAGCUGCAUCUCUGAUCCCCAAAGCCAAGAUCAUCACCAUCCUCAUAGACCCCUCAGAUAGGGCAUAUUCAUGGUACCAGCACCAAAGAUCACAUGAAGAUCCAGCUGCACUGAGAUUUAAUUUUUAUGAAGUUAUUACAACAGGACAUUGGGCCCCUCCUGACUUAAUAACAUUGCAGAGAAGAUGCCUUGUUCCUGGAUGGUAUGCUGUCCACAUUGAAAGAUGGCUAACUUACUUUGCUACUUCUCAGUUGCUAAUUAUUGAUGGACAGCAACUGAGAUCUGACCCAGCUACUGUGAUGGAUGAAGUCCAGAAGUUUUUGGGAGUUACACCUCAUUAUAAUUACUCUGAAGCAUUAACGUUUGAUCCCCAAAAGGGUUUUUGGUGUCAAUUAUUGGAAGGAGGAAAGACCAAAUGUCUUGGGAAAAGCAAGGGCAGAAAAUAUCCACCCAUGGAUCCAGAGUCUAGAACAUUCCUCUCUAAUUACUACAGAGACCAUAAUGUGGAACUAUCUAAACUAUUGCACAGACUGGGACAGCCCCUACCUUCUUGGCUGAGACAAGAGCUGCAGAAAGUGAGAUAGCAUCAGAAGUUGGAACCAAGGCUCACAGGAGACUUUUCUUCAUGAUUAAAUAGAAAACGAACCCUACAUUUUUCUUUUAUUCACUUCAUAGAACUUGUGAAGAUCAACAGAAGACCAUGUGAAUGAAUUCCUAUCUUUUUCAUACAAUGAAAACAAUUAUAGAGGCACACAUUGGUGAUUAUAGCAUCAGUCCCCUUGUGAACUUUGGGGCAGCCAUUGAAGUUUAAUGACAUGAAUCCACAUUUUAGUGUGGGGAUGGUAACAAACUUAUAUUCUUCCCUUAACCAUUAAGUUUCUACAACUCAGUGUGUGAUGGAGAA